AUGUUCGUGGGUAUUGGCAUAACUCUUGGCAUCGUGCUUAUUGUCUUAGUUGUAAUUCUCACAAUAUACAAAAGACGACGCCAGGCCCAGGCGAAGUUAUCGACUACAGUAGACACGGUUGAAAUGCAAAACCAAUCACUAGCAAAACCAUCGCAAAAUGAUCAGGUAUGUAUUUCGUGACGUAUAACAUUGAAUAGAACGAAAGAAACGAGUCAGUGUUACUAAUUAAAGAAGGAAACCGGAGUACUCGCGGAGAAAACAUUUGUGUGUUUUUAAUUACAACUUUUAGCACAGGAAUUAGAUUAUGUUAGUUACUAAUAUGAUAAAAAAAUAUAUCUGAGAAAAACACGCUAAAGUAGUCAGAGAAAUGUAUAUCUUGAGUAAAUUUGAUAUAAUCUAAUUGUUGAGUUUUUAUGUCCAUAUAUAAAAUGAGAACUUUUUGCUUCUUGUCACGUAUGCAGGGACGCUGGGACGAUAAAAGGGCAGCUGAUGGUGGAAAAGAAUCAUACGACGAUGUCCGAAUCUCGCCACCAGAAGUUUACACAAAACUUGACAGAAACCAACAAGACGAAACAACAGAUGAUGCCUACGAGAAAUUGUUAAAAUGCGACGCAGAUUAUGCAAUUAUGCCGAAUGAUCCUGAAGCAGAAUCAUUAUACGAAGAAGUUGGAUAA